CAAGCCGUGCCUUCCUUUGGUCGUUCACUCCUAUUCAAAAAUGAAGCUGUUCAUCCUUGCCGCCCUCAUCGCCGUCAGCUCCGCUGCCCGCUUGGAGCAUCUUGAACAGCAGCGGGGACUGAAGGAGUACCUUCCUCCUUUCCAGUCUGGACAGAGCUUUGGUCAACAGGGUUUUGGAGGCUCCAACAGUCUUGAUGCUGGUGACUCUGCUGGCUUCGGAUCAGCUCCUCAGGGAGUGAGGGCUGGCGCGACUGGCGUCCGUGGCUUUUCCUCGUUCGAUGCUGCCCGCUCUAACCAGUACCUUCCUCCUGAUCACGGUCCGUCUGGCAGCCACGGUGCUCAAGGCCAAGAUUCCUUCGGAGCCUCCAGCCACCAGUUCGAUUCCCAGUCUCAGUUCGGCCAGAACAACAAGUUCGGCGCUCAGGCAUCCAGCAGCUUCGGAUCUCAAGGCUCUAACGGCUUCAGCGCCCAUGGAUCUCAAAGCUCCAACGGAUUUGGCGCCCAUGGAUCUCAGAGCUCAAACGGUUUCGGCGCCCAUGGGUCUCAGGGUUCCAAGGGCUUCGGCGCUCACGGAUCUCAGAGCUCCAACGGUUUUGGCGCCCAUGGAUCUCAGAGCUCCAAUGGCUUCGGCGCUCAGGGCUCCAGCUUCGGCUCCCAAGGCUUUGGAUCCCAAGGCUCCAGCGGCUUCGGAUCUCAAGGAUCCUUUGGAGCCCAAGGCGCUAGCCAACAGAACCUCCGCCAAUACCUUGCGCCUAAGACCUCCCAUGAUAACAUCCCUCAGCAACCCUUCGACCCGGCGACUGGCUACAUCUACUAAGUCAUUGGCGUUAGUCAAUGUCUAAGUCUUGUAAUUAAUUCCAUAGUCAAACAUUGUGUUCUAAUAAUGCUCAUUGUAAAGAUAUUCGAAGAAAAUAAAGUAUUGUAAAGUA